AUGCGCCUGCUCCAUUCAGCGUCACUCGAAUUGCACAAUUUCAACGACAAUGAAAUACCACCAUACGCCAUUUUGUCCCACUGUUGGGGAAGAGAUGAGAUCAGUUACCAAGAUAUGCAAAUGUACCAGCUGGAGACGUCAAGCCCUUGCGGGGAAUCAUCCAUCAGACGCAAACUCGGGUUCCAAAAGAUCGAGAGCUCUGCCAAAUUGGCAUUCGAGCAAGGGUUUGACUACAUUUGGAUUGACAAUUGCUGCAUAGACAAAACUAGCAGCGCCGAGCUGUCUGAAUCUAUCAACUCCAUGUAUCGAUGGUAUCAAGAGUCAAUCGUAUGCUUCGCUUUCCUGGCGGAUGUCCAGGGACUUGAAGACAAAAGCGACCUUGUUCGUAGGAGCUCUGCUUUCCACAACAGUCGAUGGUUUCGACGUGGAUGGACGCUCCAAGAGCUAGUUGCGCCGAGUCGGGUCGACUUUUAUACUGGGGAGUGGACUUUCAUUGGAAGCAAGCGUGAUGAUGACAUGCUUCCUCUCCUGAGUGACAUUACCGGAAUAGAGGAAGGUGUGCUGAAAGGCCGUCUCUUACCGGAAGAUGUGAGCAUCGCGGGCAGAAUGGGAUGGGCUGCCAACAGGUGCACAACAAAGACUGAAGAUAUAGCAUAUUGCCUUAUGGGUAUCUUCGAUGUUAAUAUGCCGCUCCUGUACGGCGAAGGCAAAAAGGCGUUCAUCAGGCUACAAGAAGAGAUCUUGAAAGGUUCCGAUGAUCAGUCAAUCUUUGCUUGGGCAGCUCCACAAUCGGAACAUGCUACUUCUGAAGAUGUAUCAGGACUCCUUAGUUCGAGCCCUGCUUGGUUCAAAGAGGUUCCGAGCUACAGACUAUUGCCGCCACUGCCAACUGGAGGAAGCAUGCCUUGGAAUGUCACGAAUCUCGGGCUAUGCGUGCAGCUUUUUUUGCGACCAAGAAGGAACAACAGUGGAAGAGUUCUCUUAGAUGAGUUUGAGGCAAUCAUGGCUUGCUCAACAGGUAUUGAGCACCAGGAUUAUAGCCCUCGUAUCUGGUUGCGGCGAUUGUGGGGUGACCAAUUCGCUAGGGUAUCCCCGGAAAGCUGCGAUCUGAUCAGGUUCAAUUUACAAGACCAAGACCAGACCGAAGGGUCCUACACAACCAUAUUCGUGAAAGCAAAGCCUACGCUCUUCCUUCCCGAAUUUAAAGUAGCCCCUGAGAACACGCAGGCCACAAGUACAGACGCUGAAAGGUUCGUGCUUGUGGACGUUGAGCCCAAGUCAAUGUGGGACGACCUGACCGGUAUACUCAAGUUGUCCCAGCCAGUCUUGGGUCGCCCUGCUGCGGUUUUCCGAUUCCAGAAUACUAUUUUCCAGGACAAGCUGCUAGACGUAGCUAUCGGGGUAAAGCGCUCCCAUGCUCAUGAUCGUUGGCGGCCGUGGGUCAAACAGCUGCCAGCGAAAUCCAAGAGACCUUUGGCCGAUUUUUUGAGUGAUCCGGAAUUUAUACAGUUGGCCGGGACGCUGUUUCACACCCCAAAUAUCGAAAGCACUUCCGACGUUGCUCGAUUUCCUCAACAAGAUGAAGAUACAAGCAUGCCGUUUACGAUUGCCAAAGUCGAAGAGAUCUACCAGAGAAGUAGGAAAUAUUUCUCGCUUCGUGUAAUCAUCAAGCCCGAGAUUUUUGUAUACACCAAGUAUAUGCCAAAGGGCGAUGUCAUGGAAGUGGGUUGA